AUGCUCGUACAGGCCGAGUCGCACACUAUCCCUGCCUCGAUCGACUACCCCUUUGUCCUGAAGGCAAAGCGGUACUGGACGAAGGCGUGCACUGAGGACCCGUCUGCACAGACGCUGAUAGUCCUGCACUCGACGAGCUUCCACAAAGAGACAUGGGAUCCCGCCCUCGAGGACCUAUUUGUCCUUUUAGCGUCAUCAGGUUCCGCCAUCCGAGCCGGGGAAGGGACGAGGGCUAAAGGCACCCGUGUGGCCAUCCGCGAAGCGUGGACGAUCGACUGUCCGAACCAUGGGGAGUCGGCGACAUUGAACCACCGAGCCCUGAGCACGCCGGAAUAUGCCAACUACAUCUCCUGCACGCGGUACGCGGAAGCCGUGCACCGAUUCCUCACACUUGCCCCCGUUGACUUCUCCAAACGGAACAUGAUUGGAAUCGGACAUUCGCUGGGUGCCAAUUCAAUGCUGAUACUGCAGCACCUGCAACCUAUAUAUAUGUUCUCAGCGCUGAUCAUCAUUGAACCGAUGGUUAGCGCCCUGGGGCUGCCAGCGCUUGAUCCACUCCGCGACAGACUUGUUUCUGAGGCGGCGAGGAGGAAGGACCGAUGGGGCAGCCGGGACGAGGCGAGGAAGAUAUAUAGAGAAAGAAAGAAGAUUCAGAGUUGGGAUCGGCGGGUCGUUGACGCUUUCGUGAACUAUGCAAUCUACUGGAACAACGAGAUGCGAACCUUCACUCUCUGCUGCUCGCGCCAACAAGAGAAGGUCAUGUACUUCGACGAAGAGGGCCCUCUGCGGUCCAUCAGCGAUAUGAACAAGCUCUGCAAGGACGGUCACAUCCCUCUGCACCUCAUUCUUGGGGAGAUACCCGACUUUAUCCCAAAACAUGUCCAGGAAGCCCUCAUCGCCAAGAACUCAGGUCGUCGAUUUGCCUCCUCUGUCAUCAUGAAAGGCGUCGGUCAUCUCAUCCCACAAGAGAAACCAACCGAACUCGCCAAACUCAUCUUCGACAUCCUCGUCAAGACGUACAACUCUGGCAGAGCUCCUCCUUCCACCACUACUGUAUCGUCAGCCUCUGGGACGCCGAGUUCUGCUCGGCCGUCUCGGCUCUGA